AUGGAGCACUCUACCCCCCAGAGACGACGUAGCUUCAAGAUCAAAACCAAGUUCGGAUCCGCCCGACAAUGGAGAAGCCGCAAGAACCCUCCCUGCGACGCGUGCCGGCGGCGAAAGACAGCUUGUAUCAUCGAGACUUCUCCGCCUUGUCGAUUUUGUCGUUCUAAAGGCCAAGUUUGCACGUCGACCGACAUCGAGACCGGUCGACCCUCGCGCCAAGGGCCCCGUGACACCGUUGUUGAAUCGGAUCAGGAUACCACUGACAGCACCGUCGACGCAAGCUACCUUAGUAUACCGCCGCUCACAUCGCCCGGAAUCGAAUCGGACUCCUUCGGAAUACCUCUGAUUGCACAAACAACUUCCCCAAGCUAUCGUAGCGCCUCGGUGGCCGCUUCCCUGACCUCUCCUGGAGCACACCUACCGAACUCUACUCCGCGCAGCGACAACGGACCUGUAGUUGACACCCUUGAAGAUAAUGAGAACCGGACUGCUCACUCUGUCGGCCUUUCUGGAGAACAAGACACGGAUCUGCUGGCUUCCUUUCGAUCAUUCAUCACCAACGAGAGAGAUGGUGUGAGCGCGGACGUCAUCCAGGCUUUUGCUGGCGACCUGGAAGUUACUGCGUUUCCAAUACACUUCAAUCUCCUGACCGAUGAGUUUCAACCCGCCGACGAUGUCGCUAAAAGCAGGAUAUCAGAUGCGAUUGAAUCCAUGGUGUCGCCGCACGCUUCGACACUUGUCCGACUAUUCUUCAAGACAAGACCAAAAUUCCAGCUUCACUUCGGGGCGCCAUCUACGGGCUGGGCUCCACGUUUUGGCAGCACGACUCGGAUGUGGAGGGCACUUUGCACUUUGACUUGCAUACUUUGUUUGAGGAGGCUCAAUCGUCUCUUCAGCGAGAGUUCCACGCUCCAGAUUUAUGGACUAUACAGGCAUGUUUACUUUUACUGUACGAGCGUGCCGCCGAUAACGCGACAAUCGAGACACCACGGACCUGGGUCUUCUCUUCGCAUACCGUCUCUUGCGCGCACAUGGCCGGACUGCAUCGGGACUGCUCGACAUGGCACCUCGUACCGGGAGAAAAGAAACUACGGAGAAAGCUAUGGUGGGCGACCUACAUGA